AUGACUGGAGUCGAAGAAAUGCUGUAUACUUUUCUUCCGAAAAUCGCAGAAGAGCAAAAAUAUGUAGAUUACAAGUUAAAAAUUGAACCAAUUUCGAGUGGCGGAGCGAACUACACUUCGACUUUGUACAAUGUCACAAUUGAAGAACGUAAUAAUACCCAUCAUAUGUUUGUCAAAGUAGCAGCUAUGGGAGAAAAAAUAAGGUCGCAAACUCCAAACUUUUAUCACACAGAAAUUUUCGUAUACACAAAACUAGCGAAGGUUUACAAAAACUUGGAAGAGGAACAUCAAGUACCAGAUAAAUACAGGUUACAUUUAACCAAAUUCUACGGUUGCGAUCCCACAGUUUAUAAAGAGACUGUUGUUUUAGAGAAUUUAGUUGUGAAAGGAUAUCAACCUUACGAUAGAUUAAAACCUAUCGAUUGGGAGUACGCUGCAUCUGCCAUUACAGAAUUAACUAAAUUACACGCACUAUCAUUUGCGUACAGCGAAUAUCAUCCUGAGGAAUAUAAGAAAGUUGUAAAUGAUCACAAAUUUGUAUUAGAAAUGGAAGCAGAGUUUGUAUCUGGUUUCUUCGAUGCAUCCAUCGCCAAAGCCAUUGAUUCAGUUGAAGAAAAAUUCAAAGACAAGUUAAAGGUGUUUUUUGAGAGAUUUGUGAAGAAGUUUCCGGAUCUUUUUAAAGGAGUAAAACCAGUUUUGAUACAUGGAGAUUACAGACCGAGUAAUUUGAUGCACAGGAAUGCUAACGAAACUGCAGUGGACGUUAUGAUCGUGGACCUCCAAACUCUGCAGGGUGCCAGCCCCGUGGUAGAUUUAUUAUAUUUCAUCUUUACUGGAUCUGAUGAAGAGUUCCGCGCUGAGUACUACGAUAAACUAAUAGAUCAUUAUUAUACGGAGCUGGAAGCGGCCAUGAAGAGACUUCACCUGGACCCUGAGAAGAUUUACUCCAGAGCAGUUUUCGACAAGGAGUUGAAAGAGAAACUGCCGUUCGGGCUAACGAUAUCGGUGUUCGCGUUACCAGUAGUGACUGUGUCUGCGGAGCACGCUCCCAAGGUCGACGCAGAUAUGGAACUGUCCGCGUUCUGCGCUGAGAAGGCCAGUGACUUGUACGUCGAACGGUUGAACGGAGUUGUCAACGACUUCAUGAAAUGGGGCUUGCUCAAGUGA